AUGGCAAAAUUUGAGUAAUUGGAUUCUCCAUAUGCAAAACUAUUUUUCAUUUUGCAAUAAUUAGUGAAAGCAGAAUCGAUCACUCAAAGCGAGAAGGAUCAAUUUAAGGGUAUAUAAGUAUAUGCUAUAUAGACUUAAUAAUUCAAAACGACUAGUCAAUAAUGAAUUUAAUCGUUAUAGAAGGCUAUCAGGAACUAUUUGAAAAAGUUUAAGAAAACAUUUAUAAAAAAAGAGUUAAUUUAGAAGGGUUAUCCGAUUUUGAGGAUGAUGAUUCGACUACCAAAAGUUUGAGGUAGUAUUUGAGAAAUAAAUUAAAACUGGAAUUAAAACAGAGUAAUUUUAAUUUGUCAAUUAAGAAAAUUUGA